AUGGGUAUCAAUGGACAGCAGUUGAGUGGAUACCAACCCCAAGUGAGAGCAGUGCAGCCAAUAUAUGUUCCAGCUGUAGCACCCCAACCAGCAAGAGGUUGUCGAGGGGGCGGCGGCAAUGGCUAUCAAGUUAUACAGCUUCCAUCCACUAUGCCAAUUUAUAUAACAUCGGCCUCAGCUCUUCAGCUCCCAGGAGGUUGCGGGGGUGGCGCUCGCGUUGGUGGCUAUGGUGGCUACCAAGCUUCAGCAAUUCCGUCUCCCGCACCUGCUCUUCAAAUCCCAUCGAGUGCGUAUGCGCAAGCACCGCCAGUGCAGGUGGCUCCAUCUAAUGGUGGGGCAAGAUAUAUGCAACCGCCUCCUCCACCACCUCCGAAUCCUCCAGAAGGAAAUGUGCUGCCUGCGUGUGGACCCGAGUGUGGAGCAUCAGUGGAGCCAGCACCACCCGCUUCAGUAGGAAGUGACUAUGCAGAGCCUGCAGCAGAACCAGCACCACCCACUUCAGUAGGAAGUGACUAUGCAGAGCCUGCAGCAGAACCAGCACCACCCGCUUCAGUAGGAAGUGACUAUGCAGAGCCUGCAGCAGAACCAGCACCAUCUUCAGCUUCAGAAGGGGUUAGCGCGGCAGCGCCAUCAAGUUUAGCAACGGAAACGACCCCUCAGGGCUUUCCCGAAAGUGUUAGUCCCGAUGGAGGAAGCGAAAUGCUUUCUGAAUCUGCACCUGCAACAGCUACCCAAGAAGAAGCAGGCAUUGCCGAGAAUCCACCUUCUUCUGGAGUCGAAGGUUAG